GGCAUUUUGCAUUUUGUGGAAAUUCUUUGAUACUGUCAUUGUCAUGGGACAGAAGACUUCAAGCCUCGAGUCGUCUUUUGUUCCUAGCUACACAAUGGGAGAGAAAUAUCUUCCUCUACUUAACAGAAGACUCCGACUGGGUCGUCUUCUGUUCCUAGCCACACAAUCGAGAGAAUAUCUUCCUCUUUCACACUUCGUGUAUAUACCAAUGAAGUCAUAUUAGUAUAUACAGCUGGAUAUGAUCAACUAGUUGAUGUCGAUCCCUUCCCCUCCUUAGUACUCUUAACAGAACAAACCAGGAUAUCAAGUCCCUAGUGCAUCUGUGAAGCUUACAUGGGGAACCCUGGUGCAUUUCAUCAUUCUAUUACCCUACAAUCCUUCACUGUCUUCAUCCUUCUUGUUGUUUUUGUAGCAGAUUAUCAUGUCCAGGGAGGAGAUGAUGGAUGCUCACUGUUCUCCUGUGGACAUCUCCGAGACAUAUCAUAUCCUUUCCGUCGACGAGGUGAUCCUCGUGAGUGUGGUGUUGAAGAAUACGAGCUGGGUUGCACCAGUAGCAAGGCUACGAUUCACAUCAACAAAGGAACAUACUAUGUGACUGCCAUCAACUACACUGGUUCCUACUUCUGGGUCAUGGAUCCCAACUUCAAUACCAGUAGCAGCUGCCCUCUUCCACUGUGGAAUCACCUUCCUUACUUUGGUACAUACAUUACAUACUUUGGUAGAUACUUGGGCGGAAUUGAUUCAGUUUCACCACCUGGCUUUCGGUAUUUGGCCACUCGGAGUUAUGACAGAGCAUGUUUUGCUAAUUGUUCAAGAGCAGUAAUGAAUAAAAGUGCAUACAAGCCUGUUGCUUGCCAGAGAGCCAAAAAUUCACAUGUUUAUGUCUGGGUGUCUAAUUACGCAUAUUGUGCGGUUGAAGAUCUUGAACCUUACUGUGGAUACCUGGGAGAGAUUCCAUUUGGUAACGACACUGACGAGUACUCCUCUGAUUGGGGACAGCUACAGAAUGCAAGUUAUGCAGAUAUCACACAAUUCAUAAGUAAGGGGUUUACUGUCCAGUUUCCUGUGGACACCAUUUACAGGAGGCCUUCUACUUCUGUGAUGUUAAGAAAGAACAUCAAUUUAUGCCUCAACAAUUCAAUCAGCUACUUCAAGGAGCAAAUAUCUGGCACAAGCAUUGUUAAUUGUACUCAUGCUAUUUUCUGGAGUGAGGUGCACUUCUUAGAAUGCAUGAUUGGGAGCUCUAACGAUGAUUACUACUACACAACAAAGUUGUUUUUGAUUACUGCAACCUUAGUAUCUGCUAUUGCUAUCCACCAGUUCUUUUUUGUACUGUGCAGGUUCUUGUUGGCACCCCUGGCUGUAUGGAUAUUCCUAGCCUACAAGUACAUGAAAACAAGGAUCAUAAUUGAUGCAGUUGAGAAGUUCCUCAGGAUUCAACAAAUGAUUGGCCCGGCGAGGUACUCCUACACAGAUAUAGUUGCAGUCACAAGCCAUUUCAGAGAUAAAUUGGGCCAAGGGGGCUACGGCUCUGUGUACAAGGGUGUGCUUCUUCCAGGCGGUGUCCAUGUCGCCGUGAAGAUGCUAGAGGGCAACUCAAACUGCAAUGGAGAAGAUUUCAUCAGCGAGGUCUCCACCAUCGGCAGGAUCCACCAUGUCAACGUUGUGCGUUUGGUGGGGUUCUGCUCGGAGGAAAUGCGAAGGGCCUUAGUCUACGAGUACAUGCCAAAUGGUUCUCUGGACAAGUACAUCUUCUCUACCGAGAAGAGCUUCUCAUGGGAGAAGCUCAACGAGAUCGCUCUAGGCAUUGCCAGGGGGAUCAACUACCUACACCAGGGUUGCGACAUGCAGAUUCUGCACUUUGACAUCAAGCCGCACAAUAUCCUUCUCGACAGCAAUUUCGUCCCAAAGGUCGCUGAUUUCGGGCUCGCCAAGCUGUACCCGAGGGGUGACAGUUUUGUGCCUUUGAGCGCCAUGCGGGGAACCGUCGGCUACAUAGCCCCUGAGAUGAUAUCCCGGAGCUUCGGCGUCAUAUCCAGCAAGUCCGAUGUGUACAGCUUCGGGAUGUUGCUGCUGGAGAUGGCCGGCGGGAGAAGGAAUGCUGAUCCAAACAUGGGGUCCUCAAGCCAGGCGUACUACCCUUCAUGGGUGUACGACCGGCUGACUCAGGAAGAAGCAGGCGAGAUAUCUGAUGUUGCUGCUGACAUGCAUGAGCUAGAGAAGAAGCUAUGCGUUGUCGGAUUGUGGUGUAUUCAGAUGAGAUCUCGUGAUCGGCCGACGAUGAGCGAGGUCAUUGAGAUCCUGGAGGCUGGGGUUGAUGGCCUACAGAUGCCUUCGAGGCCGUUUUUCUGCGACGAAGGGCACAUCCAUGUGGAGGACUCUUACCAGUUCACUUCCGAGCUGUCGGCGGUCUCGGAGGAGGAAUUGAGUGUGGUGUCAGAGGAAGACAAUGUGUGAGGUAUAUAUACAAUGUGUGGUACUAUAAUUUAUGCAUGUAUAUGUAUGUAUCAUGGAGUGAUGCACUGUAAAAGUUACGGUUGUAACAGUACCAACCCAGUGUAAAGGCUUUGUACAAACUGCCUUGGUUGCUGUGCGGAGCAACUUCAAAUAAGUUUGAAAUGUUACAUCAGUUUGUUUGUUU